GCUCAAGACAUUCGCCAUUUUUGCAUAAACGACAUAAACAGAAUCGCCAUUAUUAAAAUCGCGUCGCAAAUAAUAUUCUUCAAAUUUCAAUUAAUAUUCAAGAAUACGUUCUCCGACCUCCCGAAUUAAAAUGAGUGCAGUUCUUUUUGCUUGCUCGAAAUGUUUCUCCAGACAUCCGUUCGAAGAAUUGUCUACGGGACAGCAGCUGUGCAAGGAAUGCCGUGGAACCUUUCCGAUCGUGAAAUGCACCUACUGCCGAUCUGAAUUCCAGCAAACAAGCAAAGGCAACACUUCAGCAAUAUGUAAAAAAUGUGACCAGAAUGUUAAACAACAUGGCAAACCGUCAGCGUGUGAAUGUUGCAACAUUAUUGCCGCAUUUAUUGGGUCAAAGUGUCAAAGGUGCACAAACUCGGAGUUCAAAUACGGGCCAGCGGUGAACUGCGAUCAGUGUAAACAGAGAUGUGCUUUUCGGCACGAUGAAAGUAAAAAGAUCGACGGUAAAUUGCUAUGCUGGCUGUGUACCCUAUCCUACAAGCGUGCGUUAGCUAAAGCCCGUCAGGUGACGUCUAGCCGAAUGACCAAAAAACGGCCCAGCACCGAUAAGCCACCAGCAAAGGAAUCCGCCCACAAGAAGCAACGCCCCGACAUUUCGAAGCCUCCGUUGCCAGAGAUACCCGAAAAGGUGGCCAAAAAUGCUGGCACUGUUGAUAGUUCCGAACACGUUAUUGCGAUUCAAUUAAAAGAACAAAUUGCCAGCUUGCAGAAGAGGCUGCAGAUGAAGGAUCGUGAAUUGUUGAGCAAGGACAAGCACAUCACUGAACUGAAGAGUCAGAAUUUCAUUAGCGAAAAUGAGCUGCGAACGAAGAUGAAGGAUGCGGAAAAGUAUUACGAAACCAAAAUCGAUGUGCUCAAUAAGAAGGUGGCUGGUUUGUUGAAGGAAGUGGCCCAACUGUCGAAAGGUGUUAAGAAAGCUAAUUUAAAUAAUGUAAAUUCGGUGGCUGCUAAGGACAGUGGUGGUUCUGGCACGGACAGUCCGCAGUCUUAGAACGUAAUAGUUUUUCGUUUUGUUGUUGUUGCUGUGUGGAAGUGCGUACAAAGGAGUGACGAAAUUAUUAUGGGUAAAUUGCGGACAAUUUGAGAAUGUUGUGCCGCAAAUUAAAGAAUUUGUCGUUUUCUUUUUAAUUUUACCUUUUGAAUCAUUAAUCUUAGGUAUGAAUGUAACGUGUCAUUUGUCCUGAAUAAACAACAAAAAA